AUGUCGGCCGCUGUGCUUGAAGAGUACUGUGGGUCCACCUUUUGGAAUGCCUCAUAUCUGGAGGGAGAAGACCCAGACCUCCCUGUCUGUAUCGAGCAGACGGUGCUUGUUUGGAUCCCUCUUGCCUUCUUGUGGCUUAGUGUACCAUCACACAUGACUGGCCUGUGCAAAAGCACUAAAUUCAACACGGCAUAUGUAUCCAAACUCUACAUCUGCAAACAGGUUGUGGCUGCUCUCCUGUUCCUGGCCGCGGUAGCAGCACUCGCAGUCACUCUUGGGGAAGAUUUUGGUCAAGACAAAAAUCCCAAGAACCCAGAUGUGUACUAUGCCAACCCUGUUCUGUAUGCAGUGUCAUGGAUUGUCAUCAUGCUGUGCCAAGAGUCAGUGAGAAGAACAGGAGCCACAGAUUCCACCACACUCUUCCUUUUCUGGUUCCUCCAAAUCAUCUGCCAUGUCUUUCCAUUCCAAACUCUACUGAGGGCAGCCCUCAAACAGGGGGAGGUCCUCGAUGUUCCCCGGUUCAGUCUUUUUUACAUAACGUUUGUAUUGGAAAUAUUUGCCCUUGUUCUCUCUGCUUUUGCUGAUAUUUCUCCUGAAGCCAUGGAGCGAGUACAAAUGAAUCCUGAAGAGGGUGCUGCUUUUUUGAGUAGAAUUACAUUCAACUGGUUCAACAGUAUGGUUAUUACAGGUUACAAACGUCCUUUGGUCCAAGAAGAUAUGUGGGAUUUAAAUGAGGCAGACAGCACGUCGUACAUCCACAAGGAGUUCCAGUCUAUAAUGACUCUGGAAUUGGCUGCAGCUCAGAUCGUUCACAACCAGAAAAGACAGAAGAAAAAAGCGGAGGGAAGGGACAGAGAUAAGACCUUUCCAAAUGGCCUGUCCAAUGGACUGGGCAAAAGUGUCAGUCAGGACAUUCUAAUGGAAGAAAAAACGAAGCCUAAAAAAGCAGAAAUGGAAGAAGUACAAUCUAAGAAGGACGAAGAAGAUUAUCCAAACUCCUGGUUAAUUCCCACUAUUUACAAAACAUUUAAGUGGGUUUUGAUUGAGUCCGCUUUUUUCAAACUACUGCAGGACCUGCUGGCUUUUGUCAGUCCUCAAAUUCUAAAAAUGAUGAUUGACUUUACCCAAGACAAAACAUCUCCCCUUUGGACAGGCUAUGUGUAUGCAGUCAUUCUGCUCGUCGUGGCCGUGUUGCAGUCACUGUUCUUACAGCAGUACUUCCAGCGUUGCUUUGUGCUGGGCAUGAAAGUUCGCACUGCAAUCAUGACAGCAGUUUAUAAAAAGGCCUUGGUGGUAUCAAAUGACGUGCGUAAAGAGUCCACUGUGGGGGAGACGGUGAACCUGAUGUCUGCUGAUGCUCAACGCUUCAAUGAUGUCACCAACUUCAUCCACCUGCUCUGGUCAUGUCCUCUGCAGAUUGCCCUCGCCAUCCUCUUCCUCUGGUUUGAGCUGGGACCCUCUGUAUUUGCAGGACUGGCAGUCAUGGUCCUAAUGGUACCAUUAAAUGGCCUGUUGGCCAACAAGGCCAGAAAAAUUCAGAUUGACAACAUGAAAUACAAAGACAAAAGACUGAAAAUCAUGAAUGAAAUACUCAAUGGAAUAAAGAUAUUGAAGCUGUUUGCAUGGGAGCCAUCCUUUCAGACUCAGGUAGAAGAACUCAGAGAAAAAGAAUUGAAGGUUUUGAAGAAAUUUGCCUAUCUCACGUCUGUGACUACAUUCAUCAUGAGCUGUGCACCUGCUUUGGUGUCUUUAGCCACAUUUGCAACAUUUGUUGGAGUGAGCCCAGACAACGUGCUGACAGCGGGUAAAGCCUUUACAUCAAUCUCACUGUUUAAUAUCCUUCGGUUUCCUUUGGCAAUGCUUCCCAUGCUCAUCGCAGCCAUGGUGCAAACGGUUGUAUCAAAAAAGCGUCUCGAGAAGUUUCUCGGAGGGGAAGAUCUGGACCUUAACACUGUUCAGCAUGAUUCCUCGUUCAACACAGCAAUCACCAUUUCUGAUGGUUCUUUCGCCUGGGAACAAGAGGCUGAUCCACUACUGAGAAAUGUAUCCAUUGACAUAAAGCCGGGCAAAUUGGUGGCUGUGGUGGGAGCAGUUGGCUCAGGAAAGUCCUCACUCAUUUCAGCACUACUUGGUGAAAUGCACAAGAAAAAGGGUUUUAUCAACAUCAAGGGUUCACUAGCCUAUGUUCCGCAACAAGCAUGGAUCCAAAACGCAACUCUGAGAGAUAACAUAGUCUUUGGGUCCGAUUAUGACAAAGCUCAGUUUCAGCGGAUCGUUGAUGCCUGCGCCCUUGGUCCUGAUCUUGAACUGCUAGGUGGAGGGGAACUCACUGAGAUUGGAGAAAAGGGUAUCAACCUUUCAGGUGGACAGAAACAACGUGUUAGUUUGGCCCGUGCCUCGUACAGUAAAGCUGAUAUCUACUUGUUAGAUGAUCCCUUGUCUGCUGUUGAUGCACAUGUUGGAAAACAUCUUUUUGACAAAGUCAUUGGACCAAAUGGCCUUCUCCAAGAUAAGACACGCAUCCUUGUGACCCAUGCUGUUAGUUUUCUGCCUUUUGUGGAUGAAAUUGUUGUGCUAAAAGAUGGAAUAGUUUCAGAAGUUGGAUCUUAUAACAGUCUUCGUGCAAGCAAGGGAGCUUUUUAUGAGUUUUUGGAAACAUAUGCCAAAGAGUCAAGAAAUCAGGAACAAUCACCCCGAGAUAGCCAUGAUAUAGAGAUAAUCCCGGAGGUAGAAGACACCCAAAUAGACUCUCCCCUUGAAGAUGCUAUUUCUGCUACACUCAAGAGAGAAAACAGCAUCAGGAGAAGUCAACGUGGUGGAAGCGUGAGGCUUAGGACAACAAGUUCUUUAAAAACAACAAAAGAUGAACCCAACCAGGGACAGAGAUUGAUUGAAAAAGAAGCUAUGGAAUCCGGACAGGUCAAAUUGUCAAUAUUUCUCCAAUACAUGCGCGCUAUGGGCUGGGGCUACACUUUCAUAGUGAUUGUGAUAUACUUUGUUCAAAACGUUGCAUUCGUCGGGCAGAAUAUCUGGCUAAGUGACUGGACUAAUGAUGCUAUUGACUAUGCCAACAAAACGUACCCAGCCUGGAAACGUGACACAAGGAUUGCGGUGUUUGGCGUACUGGGGGUGGCUCAAGGCCUGUUUGUGUUUGCGGCUACAUUAAUCCUGGCCAAUGCUUCAGUGUCUGCCUCCCGAAUCCUGCACUCAAGGCUGCUCAGUAACAUGCUGCGUGUUCCUAUGGUGUUCUUUGACACCACCCCCACAGGCAGAGUACUCAACCGCUUUGCAAAGGAUAUUUUCACAAUCGAUGAAGCAAUCCCACAAUCAGUUCGCUCUUGGAUCUUGUGUUUUCUUGGAGUCUUGGCUACAAUCUUUGUAAUCUGCUUGGCCACGCCUUUCUUCACUGUUGUCAUUAUCCCACUGGCUGUUAUCUACUACUUUGUACAGCGAUUCUAUGUUGCCACUUCAAGACAACUACGUCGCCUUGACUCGGUGUCACGAUCUCCAAUAUACUCUCAUUUUGGAGAGACAGUGUCUGGUCUUUCUGUCAUUAGAGCCUACGGUCACCAAGAUAGGUUUCUCAAGCACAAUGAGACAACUAUGGAUGAAAAUCUGAAGAGUGUCUAUCCUUGGAUUGUUUCCAACAGAUGGGUCGCUAUUCGCCUGGAAUUUGUGGGAAAUCUGGUAGUGUUUUUUGCUGCGCUGUUUGCUGUUAUUUCCAGGAACAAUCUUGACAGUGGCCUGGUGGGAUUAUCUAUAUCCUAUGCACUUAAUGUUACUCAGACUCUUAACUGGUUGGUGAGAAUGACCUCAGAACUGGAAACCAAUAUUGUUGCAGUGGAGCGAGUGAGUGAAUAUUCGGAGAUUGAACAUGAGGCAGAAUGGAUAAAUGACACAAGACCACCAGAGACUUGGCCUGAGGAAGGAAAGGUGCAGUUUGAAAACUACAAAGUGCGAUAUCGACCUGGACUGGAUCUGGUGCUGCAUGGAGUUUCAUGUUCCAUAGACUGCCAAGAAAAGAUUGGCAUUGUGGGACGAACAGGAGCUGGGAAAUCGAGCCUGACUAACUGCUUAUUCCGAAUAAUUGAAGCUGCCGAGGGUCGGAUAAUCAUUGAUGGUGUAGAUAUCUGUACGAUUGGUCUCCAUGAUUUGAGAGGCAGACUCACAAUUAUUCCUCAGGAUCCGGUGCUUUUCUCGGGCACACUGAGGAUGAAUCUGGACCCCUUCAAUAAAUUCAGCGAUGAGGAGAUAUGGAGAGUACUGGAGCUGUCCCACCUCAAAGUCUUUGUCUCUGGACUGCAGGAGGGGCUGCACUAUGAGGUCUCUGAAGGGGGAGAAAAUCUCAGUGUGGGCCAGAGGCAGCUGCUGUGUCUGGCUCGUGCGCUGCUCAGAAAGUCUCGCAUUUUAAUCUUGGAUGAAGCCACUGCGGCUGUGGAUCUGGAGACAGAUGACCUCAUCCAGAACACCAUCCGUAAAGAGUUCUCCCACUGCACCAUCCUCACCAUCGCACAUCGCCUGAACACCAUCAUGGACAGCUCCAGAGUAAUGGUGCUGGAUGCGGGAAGAAUUGUGGAAUUUGAUUCUCCAACACAAGUCCCAUUCUUAUUCAGAUGUAACGUCAGCCCGAGUGAUGCCCCUCAGCUUAACAUCAUCCUGACCAAGAGCGAGCCGCUCCUUAUCGCUGUCCCCAUGACACUCUUCUACAGCUUUAUCUUCUUCUUUGGGGUGUUGUUUAACAGCGUGAGCAUUCUGACGCUGCUGCUGGACACACACAUGAGAGUGAGCGCCAUUCGUUUCUACCUCCUCAGCCUCGUUAUAUCAGACAUUCUGCAGCUGAUGACGAUUCCGGUCACUCUGUAUCGAUACUACUGGGAGAACUACCCCUGGCGCCUGGGCCGAACUGUGUGUAAAGUGUACUUCAUGGUCCGACAGGUGUACUGUGCAACCACCAGUUGGGUUAUCAUGACCUUCACCACAGAGCGCUAUGCAGCCAUCUGUCACGCUAUGUGGUCCGUUUCCAGUUUGAAGAGGUCUCGAUUGCCCUGCCUCUUGGUUGUUUGGAUCAUCUCACUGAUCUCUGCGAUUCCUUUUGCUCUGGUCUAUGACGAGGCCCGUGCUUGUGUUCUGGACUACACUGCAGCCAGUUAUAGAAGCGCCUUUCAGGUCUCUACCAUGUGUGAGAUGACAGAGCCGGAUCCUGCACACAUUUAUAAGGCGGCCCUCAUUGUGAGAGCAGCUCUGUUUUUCCUGGUCCCACUGGUAUCUAUCUUUGUUCUUUACCUCCUCAUCCUGCUGUACCUCAAGAAGAACAGUCGUCAACGAAGUAACAUGGGUCUCACGCGCCACAACCCAGAAGAGAGGAGAGAUGUUCAGUGCCACAAAAAUGGAAAGUUACUGCUGAACGAAAAAAGAGCUCUAAAACUCAUGGAGCAGCACCAGCUACAGCAGCACGUCGAGAAAAGAGGCCCAAAGUGGUCUCUCUGCCGAGCAAAUCCAUCUGAACCUGAGAGACAAACCCAGGAAAGCGUCAACUACACCCUUGACAGAUUCAGAGCCACAUAG